GCUCCUGAUGUUGGAAACUUAAAGCACUUCCUUCGUUCUGUAAUAUUUCGGAUGCAGUCGGCCCGGAACCUCGUAGACACGUAAGCUGAUUCCGAACAAACGGCUCCAAAACCGCGGGAUAAAAUUUCAGCCAUGGCGAAUCGGCUAUUGCUCCUGGUGCGGAGCGGGUUGGUCUUACUAUUCACUUUCCAGGGAACGCUGCGGGGUUCUGGGGCCCAGCAAAUUCGGUACUCAGUGCUUGAAGAGACAAACAAAGGCUUCUUCGUGGGCAAUAUUUCCAAGGACCUGGGGUUGGAGCCCUGGGAGCUGGCCGAGCGCCGGGUUCGCAUUGUCUCCAGAGGAAAGACGCAGCUUUUCGACCUGAAUCCGCGAAGUGGCAGCUUAAUCACUGCGGGCAGGAUAGAUCGGGAAGAGCUCUGUGACACAGCGUCCUCUUGUUUUUUAAAUAUGGAGAUACUUGUGGAAGAUACACUGAAAAUUUACGGAGUGGAGGUGGAAAUUAUGGACAUUAACGAUAACGCGCCCAGCUUCCGGGAGGAGGAAAUAGAAAUAAAAGUCAGUGAGCACGCAAUGCCAGGGUCGCGAUUUCCCUUGCCUAAUGCAAGGGACCCAGACGUGGGAGUGAACUCCCUCCAGCGCUAUCAGCUCAGCCCUAAUAGCUACUUUUCCUUGCAAGUGCGAGGCAGAACCGAUGGGGCCAAGAAUCCCGAAUUAGUGCUGGAGGGGAGCCUGGACCGGGAGAAAGAGGCAACUCACCACCUUCUCCUUACAGCCUCAGAUGGAGGAGACCCCGUCCGCCAGGGCACCGUUCUCAUUCGUGUAGUGGUCCUCGAUGUAAAUGACCAUAGCCCAAAGUUCACACAGUCUGAAUAUGGAGUGAGUAUUCCUGAGAAUGUCAGCUCUGGAACCCAGGUCCUCACGGUAAAUGCAACUGACCCAGAUGAGGGAAUCAAUGGGAAAGUAAUAUAUUCUUUCCUGAAUUUGGAAAGGAAAGCUUCUGAAAUUUUCCAAUUGGACUCUCAAACUGGAGAAGUCUCAAUUAAGGGUUCUCUGGAUUUUGAGAAAACUAAAUUAUAUGAGAUGGAAGUUCAAGGCCAAGAUGGUGGGGGUCUCUCUACUACUGCUAAGAUCUUGAUCACAGUUGUGGAUGUGAAUGAUCAUGCUCCGGAAAUAACUGUCACGUCUUCUACAACCUCAGUGCUGGAAAACUCUCCCCCAGGUACAGUAAUCGCUCUUUUAAAUGUACAAGAUCAAGACUCCGGAGAAAAUGGUGAAGUCUCCUGUUUCAUUCCUAACAAUCUACCUUUUAAAUUAGAAAAGACUUAUGGAAAUUAUUACAAGUUGAUAACAAGCAGAGUGCUGGACAGGGAGCACAUCCAGAGCUACAAUAUCACGCUGACAGCCACAGAUCAGGGAAGUCCACCCCAAUCUACAGAAACUCACAUCUCACUGAAUGUGGCAGAUGACAACGACAACCCACCCACUUUUGCACAGUUCACUUAUUCUGCUUACAUUCCUGAAAAUAACCCCAGAGGAGCCUCAUUCUUCUCAGUGACUGCUUUUGACAAGGACAGCAAAGAAAAUGCCCAGAUCACUUAUUCCCUGGCGGAGGACACCCUCCAGGGAGUACCUUUAUCAUCCUAUGUCUCCAUCAAUUCUGAUACUGGUGUCCUGUAUGCACUUCGCUCUUUCGACUAUGAACAGUUCCGGGACAUGCAGUUGUGGGUGACAGCCCAGGACAGUGGGGACCCUCCACUCAGCAGCAAUGUGUCACUGAGCCUGUUUAUUCUGGACCAGAAUGACAACACACCUGAGAUCCUGUACCCUGCCCUCCCCACAGAUGGAUCCACAGGUGUGGAGCUGGCACCCCGCUCUGCAGAGCCUGGCUACCUGGUGACCAAGGUGGUGGCGGUGGACAGGGACUCGGGCCAGAACGCCUGGCUGUCCUACCGCCUGCUCAAGGCCAGCGAGCCAGGGCUCUUCUCAGUGGGGCUGCACACGGGCGAGGUGCGCACUGCGCGCGCCCUGCUGGACAGAGAUGCGCUCAAGCAGAGCCUGGUGGUGGUGGUGCAGGACCACGGCCAGCCCCCCCUCUCGGCCACGGCCACGCUCACCGUGGCCGUGGCCGACAGCAUCCCAGACGUCCUGGCUGACCUGGGCAGCAUCAGCACCCCCGCCGACUCUGAGGAUUCCGACCUGACCUUGUACCUGGUGGUGGCGGUGGCCGUGGUCUCCUGCGUCUUCCUGGCCUUUGUCAUCGUGCUCAUGGCGCUCAGGCUGCGGCGCUGGCACAUGUCACGCCUGCUCCGGGCUUCAGGAGGCGGGUUGGCAGAUCUCCCUGCCUCGCACUUUGUGGGUGUGGACGGGGUGCGGGCUUUCCUGCAGACCUACUCGCAUGAGGUCUCCCUCACUGCAGACUCAAGGAAGAGUCAUCUUAUUUUUCCGCAACCCAACUACGCGGACACGCUCAUCAGCCAGGAGAGCUGUGAGAAAAGCGAGCCUCUCCUGAUUCAGGAAGGUUCAGGUACCAGUUUAGGCAGAUGUGACCCUGAGCUCAAUCAGACUCCGAGCGCCGCUGUUGGCCAAUGCGCUGCGAGGGCUGAGCCUGGGAUCUACUCGGGGAUAGUCGGGGAAGUACAUAUUUCAACGCAAUUCGUAAAGCAUCUCUUCUCAAAGCCCGAAGCCGCUUCCACACAGAGAAAGAUGGAAAACAGGGCGAAGCAAAUGCGCAGUAUCCGGCGGCGGCAAGUACUCUUUUGCUUCCUGCUCUCUUUGUUGUGUGGGGCGCUCUCUGAGCAGAUCCCUUACUCUAUUCCCGAAGAAAUGGCCAGAGGCUCCGUGGUGGGGAACCUCGCUGAGGACUUGGGGCUGCGUGUGCAGGAUUUAUUGACCCGCAACCUCAGAGUUAGCGCAGACAAACGAUACUUUACCGUGAACACGGAGAAUGGGGACGUAGUGGUGAGUGACAGAAUAGACAGAGAGACGCUCUGCCCCCAAGCCCCUCUGUGUGUGGUGCCCUUAGAGGUGGAAGCUGAAAAUCCUCUAAAUCUUUUUCAUAUAAGCGUGAUAAUAGAAGAUAUAAAUGACAACCCACCUCAUUUCCCCCAGAACAGCACUGUUUUACAAGUCAAUGAACUUGCCAUUCCAGGAACUCGGUUUGGACUGGAAUCAGCUGUAGAUGCAGAUGUAGGGCCUAACUCUCUCCAGGGUUAUCACCUCAGCUCCAAUGAGCAUUUCUCUCUGAUGAUAAAGGAUAACACUGAAGGCAAGAAUGCCCCAGAAUUAGUGUUGGAGAAGCCCCUGGACAGGGAACAACAGAGCUCCCAUUUCCUGGUCCUGACAGCAGUGGAUGGGGGAGACCCUGUCCUAACUGGCACUGCUCAAAUCAAGAUCGAGGUCACUGAUGCCAAUGAUAAUGCUCCAGUGUUCAGUCAGGAUGUGUACAAAGUUAGUCUUUGGGAGAAUGUGCCCCCUGGCACUUUCGUGUUAAAGGUGACAGCCACUGACCAGGAUGAGGGUAUCAAUGCAGAGAUCACCUACUCCUUCAAAACAUUAAGAGAUAUCGGAAAUACGUUUGUGCUAGACCGUCAAAGUGGAGAAAUUAAAUCCAAGGGCCCUAUAGACUUUGAAAUCCGUAGCAGCUAUACAAUAAGCAUAGAAGCCAAGGAUGGCGGUGGCAUGGCCACUGAGUGUAAAAUUAUAAUAGAGAUUUUAGAUGAAAAUGACAAUGCCCCAGAGGUGAUUUUCACUUCGGUAUCAAGUUCCAUAAGGGAAGACACAGGCCCCAAGACAGUAAUUGCUCUGUUCAAAACACACGAUAAAGAUUCUGGAGAAAAUGGGGAGGUUACAUGCGUCAUAAAAGAAAAAGUUCCUUUUAGAAUUGAAUCCUCCGCAAAUAAUUACUACAAGCUUGUAACAGAUGGGACCCUGGACCGAGAGAAGAUUCCAGAGUACAAUGUCACGAUUAUAGCCACUGACAGGGGUAAGCCACCCCACUCUUCUAGUAGAAGUGUCACUCUACAUGUCGGCGACGUCAAUGACAACGCACCGACUUUCCAUCAAGCCUCCUACCUGGCCCUCGUCCCAGAGAACAACCCUCCCGGCGCAUCUAUCGCCCAAGUCAGCGCCUCCGACCCCGACCUGGGACCCAACGGCCACGUCUCCUACUCCAUCGUGGGCAGCGACCUGGGGCCCCAGGCGCUGUCGUCCUACGUGUCCGUGAACGCGCACAGCGGGGUGGUGUUCGCGCAGCGCGCCUUCGACCACGAGCAGCUGCGCACCUUCGAGCUGACGGUCCAGGCCCGCGACCAGGGCGCGCCCGCGCUCAGCGCCAACGCCAGCCUGCGCGUGCUGGUGGGCGACCGCAACGACAACGCGCCCACCGUGCUCUACCCCGCGCUGGGCCCCGACGGCUCCGCGCUCUUCGACACGGUGCCGCGCGCCGCGCAGCCCGGCUACCUGGUCACCAAGGUGGUGGCGGUGGACGCUGACUCUGGACACAAUGCCUGGCUGUCCUACCACGUGCUGCAGGCCAGCGAGCCCGGGCUCUUCAGCCUGGGGCUGCGGACCGGCGAGGUGCGCACCGCGCGGGCGCUGGGCGACAGGGACGCGGCCAGACAGCGCCUGCUGGUGGCCGUGCGCGACGGGGGCCAGCCUCCCCUGUCGGCCACGGCCACGCUGCACCUGGUCUUCGCAGACAGCCUGCAGGAGGCUCUGCCAGACCUCGGUGACCGGCCUGAGCCCUCAGACCCCCAGGCCGAGCUGCAGUUUUACCUGGUGCUGGCCUUGGCCUUGAUCUCCGUGCUCUUCCUGCUGGCGGUCAUUCUGGCCAUUGCCCUGCGCCUGAGGUGGUCCUCCAGCCACUCUGCUUGGGGGAGCUGCUUUCAGCCUGGUCUCUGUGUCAAGUCUGGACCGGCGGCUCCCCCCAACUACAUGGAAGGGACUUUGCCUUAUUCCUACAAUCUGUGCGUUGCCCAAUCUGGCAAGACGGAGUUUAAUUUUCUAAAAUGCAGUGAACAGCUGAGUUCAGGACAGGAUAUACUUUGUGGUGAUUCUUCUGGGGCCUUAUUUCCACUUUGUAAUGCCAGCGAGUCGACUUCCCAUCCUGAGACUAUAAUGCAGUACUGCAAAGGGCUAGUAGUCCUACUGGGAUUUCUGGGGAUUCUGUGGGAGACUGGCUGCACCCAGAUCCACUAUUCCAUCCCUGAAGAGCUGGAGGAAGGCUCUAGGGUGGGCAACAUCGCCAAGGAUCUGGGGCUGGAGUCCCAGGAACUAGCGGAGCGCGGAGUCCGCAUCGUCUCCAGAGGUAGGACCCAACUUUUCGCUCUAAACUCACGAAGCGGCAGCUUGAUCUCUGCAGGCAGGAUAGACCGGGAGGAGCUCUGUAUGGGGGCUAUCAAGUGUCAGUUAGUUCUGGAGAUUCUGAUGGAGGAUGAAGUGAAAAUAUAUGGAGUGGUGGUAGAAGUGAGGGAUAUUAAUGAUAAUGCCCCUUAUUUCCGGGAAGACGAAUUAGAAAUAAAAGUUAGUGAAAACGCAGCCCCUGGGAUGCGGUUCCCUCUUCCCCACGCUUGGGAUCCGGAUACUGGGAAGAACUCUCUGCAGACCUACGAACUCAGUAGCAAUACCCACUUCUCCUUGGACGUGCAGAGCGGCGCGGACAGGAAUAAGUACCCGGAAUUGGUGUUGGAACGCCCCUUGGACCGCGAGGAAAAGGCCGUUCACCAUCUGGUUCUCACGGCCUUGGAUGGAGGCGACCCAAUCCUCACCGGUACUGCAAGCAUCCGCGUCUUGGUCGUUGAUGUGAACGACAACGCACCAGCGUUUGCCCAAUCCGAGUACAGUGUGAACGUUCCGGAGGAUGUGGCCGUGGGCACAGAGUUGCUUGUGGUAAACGCCUCUGACCCUGACGAGGGAGCCAAUGCGGAAGUGAUGUAUUCCUUCCGGUAUGUAGACAACAAGGCAGCCCAAAUUUUCCAGCUAGACUGUAAUUCUGGGGCAAUUUCAACAAUAGGAGAGCUGAACUACGAGGAAUCGAGAUUCUAUGAAAUGGAAGUGCAGGCAGUGGAUAAUGCAGGAUAUUCUGCACGAGCAAAAGUCCUGAUCACCGUAUUGGACGUGAAUGACAACGCCCCUGAGGUAGUUGUCACCUCUCUGUCUGGCUCCAUUCUGGAGAACUCUCCCAGAGGAACACUGAUUGCCCUUUUAAAUGUAAAUGAUCAAGAUUCUGGGGAAAAUGGACAAGUUACUUGUUUCAUCCACGGGAAUCUGCCCUUUAAAUUAGAAAAGUCUUACGGAAAUUACUAUAGCUUAGUGACAGACACACUCCUAGACCGAGAACUUGUUCCUAGCUACAACCUCACUGUCACUGCCACUGAUAGAGGAAAUCCUCCCCUGUCUACAGAAACUCACAUCUCACUGAAUGUGGCAGACACCAAUGACAAUCCCCCUGCCUUCUCUCAUGCCUCCUACUCUGCCAGUAUCACAGAGAACAACCCCAGAGGAGCCUCUAUUGUCUCUUUGACUGCCUAUGACCCUGACUAUGGAGAGAACGCCCAGGUCACUUAUUCUCUGGUUGAAGACACCCUCCAGGGAGCACCUCUGUCUUCCUAUGUCUCCAUCAACUCUGACACCGGAGUCUUACAUGCAUUGCACUCUUUUGACUAUGAGCAGUUCCGUGACCUGCAGUUGACAGUGACAGCCCAUGACAGCGGGGACCCACCACUGAGCAGCAAUGCGUCACUGAGCCUGUUUGUGCUGGACCAGAAUGACAACACACCUGAGAUCCUGUACCCUGCACCCCCCACAGACAGUUCCACAGGUGUGGAGCUGGCACCCCGCUCCGCAGAGCCUGGCUACCUGGUGACCAAGGUGGUGGCAGUGGACAGGGACUCGGGCCAGAACGCCUGGCUGUCCUACCGCCUGCUCAAGGCCAGCGAGCCAGGGCUCUUCUCAGUGGGGCUGCACACGGGAGAGGUGCGCACUGCGCGCGCCCUGCUGGACAGAGAUGCGCUCAAGCAGAGCCUGGUGGUGGUGGUGCAGGACCACGGCCAGCCCCCACUAUCGGCUACAGUCACGCUCACCGUGGCCAUGGCAGACAGCAUCCCAGAUGUCCUGGCUGACCUAAGCAGUCUUGAGUCUCCCACUGAACCCAAUGGCACUGGCCUCACACUCUACCUGGUGGUGGCGGUGGCUGCCAUCUCCUGCAUCUUCUUGGCCUUUAUCCUUGUACUGAUGGCACUCAGACUCAGGAACUGGCACAGUUCAUGUCUGCUCCGGGCUUCAGGAAGCGAGUUGGCUGGGGUGCCUGUGUCUAACUUUGUGGGUGUGGACGGUGUGCAGGCUUUCCUGCGGACCUAUUCGCACGAGGUCUCCCUCACUGCAGACUCAAGGAAGAGUCACUUGAUCUUCCCUCAGCCCAACUAUGCAGAUAUGCUCAUCAACCAGGAAAUCAGUGAGAAAAGCAAGCCUCUUUUGCUGUCAGGUGACUCCGUUUUUCCUAAAGAUAAUCAUGAAUUAAUGCAGGUGAGUCUAUAUCAAAUACUUUUCUUAAAGACAGCGAUUAAAAUGGUUAAUAGGCUUUGGUUUGGCUUGAAGACUUGCGGAACAGCCGGCUUCAUCACCCUGCAGUUGGCUUUCCAGGCUAAGGUGGGUUUCCGAUGUGCGGAUAUGGCCAAGCAGCUCUGGCCGCAAACUCUGGAAAGAAGCCAAAGGAAAGUGAAGUUCCUGGCGGAGGAACUGCCUUUGAGUGCGAUGGUCCCAGAGGCCUGGAGGAGAGGACUGGUAAGCACCGGGAGAGUGGUGGGAGUUUUGUUUCUGCUUGGUGCCUUGCACAAGGCUUCCGCGGUUAUUCGCUAUGAAACCCUGGAGGAGAGAGAGAAGGGCUUCUCGGUGGGCAACGUGGUCCAGGAUCUUGGAUUGGAUCUCGGUAGCCUCUCAGCUCGCAGGCUCCGGGUGGUGUCCGGAGCUAGCCGGAGAUUCUUUGAGGUGAACCGAGAGACCGGAGAGAUGUUCGUAAAUGACCGCCUAGAUCGAGAGGAGCUUUGUGGGACAGUCCCCUCAUGCACAGUAACUCUGGAGUUGGUCGUGGAGAGCCCGCUAGAGCUGUUCAGCGCGGAAGUGGUCAUUCAGGAUAUCAACGACAACAAUCCUGCUUUCCCUACCCGGGAAAUGAAAUUGGAGAUUAGCGAGGCCGUGGCUCCGGGGACGCGCUUUCCGCUCGAGAGCGCGCAUGAUCCCGAUGUGGGAAGCAACUCUUUACAAACCUACGAGCUGAGCCGAAACGAGUAUUUUGCUCUUCGCGUGCAGACGCGGGAGGACAGCACCAAGUACGCUGAGCUCGUGCUGGAGCGUGCCCUGGACCGAGAGCGAGAGCCAAGCGUCCAGUUGGUGCUGACCGCAUUGGAUGGAGGAACCCCGGCUCGCUCUGCCAGCCUUCCCAUUAGCAUCACUGUGCUGGACGCGAAUGACAAUGCGCCUGCCUUCAACCAGUCCCUGUACCGGGCGCGAGUUCCGGAGGAUGCAGCCCCCGGCACUCUCGUGGUGCAAGUCCGUGCCACGGAUCUGGAUGAAGGUCCCAACGGUGAAAUUAUUUACUCCUUCGGCAGCCACAACCGCGCUGGCGUGCGAGAAUUAUUCUCCUUAGACCUUGUAACCGGGGUGCUGACAAUCAAGGGUCGACUGGACUUCGAAGACACAAAACUCCAUGAGAUUUACAUACAGGCCAAAGACAAGGGCGCCAAUCCCGAAGGAGCACACUGCAAAGUUUUGGUAGAAGUUGUGGACGUGAAUGACAAUGCCCCAGAGAUCACAGUCACCUCCGUGUAUAGCCCAGUCCCUGAGGAUGCCCCUCUGGGAACUGUCAUCGCUUUGCUCAGCGUUACGGAUCUGGACGCCGGGGAGAACGGGUUGGUCACUUGCGAGGUUCCACCAGGUCUCCCCUUCAGCCUGACCUCUUCCCUCAAGAAUUACUUUACAUUGAAAACCAGCGCGGCACUGGAUAGGGAGACUGUGCCCGAAUACAACCUCAGCAUCACCGCUCGAGAUGCAGGGACCCCAUCUCUCUCGGCCCUUACAACAGUGCAGGUACAAGUGUCAGACAUCAACGACAACCCUCCACAGUCCUCCCAGUCGUCCUAUGAUGUUUACAUUGAGGAAAAUAAUCUCCCUGGGGUUCCAAUACUAAAUCUGAGCGUCUGGGACCCUGAUGCACCACAGAAUGCUCGCCUUUCUUUCUUUCUCAUGGAGCAAGGAGCGGAAACUGGACUGGUGGGUCACUAUUUCACGAUAAACCGUGACAGUGGCAUCGUGUCAUCCUUAGUGCCCUUAGACUAUGAGGACCGAAGAGAGUUCGAAUUAAUAGCUCAUAUCAGCGAUGGAGGCACUCCACUCCUGACCACCAACAUCAGUGUAAACAUAUUUGUCACUGACUGCAAUGACAACCCACCUCAGAUCCUGUACCCUCGGCCUGGCCUGAGCUCAGUGGAGACACUGCCUAGAGGUACUGCUGCCGGUCAUGUGGUUACAAGGGUGGUCGGCUGGGACCCAGAUGCAGGCCACAACGCCUGGCUCUCCUACAGCCUCUUGGGGGCCCCUAACCAGAGCCUUUUUGCUGUGGGUCUUCACACUGGUCAAGUCAGCACAGCCCGCCCAGUCCAGGACACAGAUUCACCCAGACAGACUCUCACAGUCCUGAUCAAAGAUAAUGGGGAGCCAUCACUGUCUACCACUGCAACCCUGACUGUAUCAGUCACUGAGGAGUCUCCAGAAGCCCGGGCUGAGUUCCCCUCUGGCGCUGCCCCCAGGGAACAGAACAAAAAUCUCACCUUUUAUCUACUCCUCUCUUUAAUCCUGGUCUCUGUGGGGUUUGCAGUCACAGUAUUGGGAGUGAUCAUAUUCAAAGUUUACAAGUGGAAACAGUCCAGGGAUCUAUACCGAACUCCAGUGAGCUCCCUAUACCGAACACCAGGGCCCUCUCUGCACGCGGACGCUGUGAGGGGAGGCCUGAUGCCACCGCACCUUUACCAUCAGGUGUACCUCACCACUGACUCCCGCCGCAGUGACCCGCUGCUGAAGAAACCUGGUGUGGCCAGCCCACUGGCCAGCUGCCAGAACACCUUGCGGAGCUGUGAUCCAGUGUUCUAUAGGCAAGUGUUGGGUGCAGAGAGCUCCCCUCCUGGACAGGUGAGAAGCUGGGUAGAAAUCUGUCGGGGGGCUACCCUUUUGUUCCUCUUUUGCCACCUGGGUUACGUUUGUGGGCAGAUCCGCUACCCGGUCCCAGAGGAGUCACAGGAAGGGACUUUUGUAGGGAAUGUCGCCCAAGAUUUCCUGUUGGAUACAGAGAGUCUGUCAGCUCGCAGGCUGCAGGUCGCUGGAGAGGUGAACCAAAGACACUUCCGUGUGGAUUUGGACAGCGGAGCCCUGCUCAUCAAGAAUCCAAUUGAUCGAGAGGCACUGUGUGGGCUCAGUGCCAGCUGUAUCGUGCCCCUGGAGUUUGUAACCGAAGGGCCUUUGGAAAUGUAUAGAGCAGAGGUAGAAAUCGUAGAUGUAAAUGAUCACGCCCCCCGAUUUCCUCGGCAGCAGCUGGACCUGGAAAUUGGGGAGGCAGCCCCGCCAGGACAGCGUUUUCCUUUGGAAAAAGCUCAGGAUGCAGAUGUGGGGAGCAACUCCAUCAGCAGCUACAGACUAAGCUCCAAUGAACACUUUGCACUGGAUGUCAAGAAGCGCAGCGACGGCAGUCUGGUCCCAGAGCUGCUCCUGGAGAAGCCUUUGGAUCGCGAGAAGCAGUCAGACUACCGCCUGGUGCUGACUGCUGUGGAUGGAGGGAACCCCCCAAGAUCUGGCACCGCAGAGCUCAGGGUAUCAGUCCUGGACGUAAACGACAACGCCCCAGCCUUCCAGCAGUCCAGCUACAGGAUUAGCGUGUUGGAGAGCGCACCAGCGGGCAUGCUGCUCAUCCAGCUCAAUGCAUCUGACCCGGACCUAGGUGCCAGUGGUAACAUCACCUUUUCUUUCAGUGGUCACACCCCAGAUCGUGUGAGAAACCUCUUUAGCCUGCACCCCACUACUGGAAAGCUUACCCUUCAGGGACCCUUAGACUUUGAGAGUGAAAAUUACUAUGAGUUUGAUGUACGGGCUCGUGAUGGGGGUUCCCCAGCGAUGGAGCAACAUUGCAGCCUUCGGGUGGAUCUCCUGGAUGUAAAUGACAAUGCCCCUCACAUCACAGUGACCUCAGAGCUUGGGACUCUCCCUGAGAGCGCAGAGCCUGGCACUGUGGUGGCACUCAUCAGUGUGCAGGACCCUGACUCAGGGUCAAAUGGAGAUGUGAGCCUCCGUAUUCCUGAUCACCUGCCAUUUGCCCUCAAGUCUGCCUUCAGGAACCAGUUCUCCUUGGUGACUGCUGGACCCUUGGACCGAGAAGCCAAAUCUAGCUAUGACAUCAUGGUCACUGCUUCUGAUGCUGGGAACCCUCCUCUAAGUACCCACAGGACUAUUUUCCUCAACAUUUCGGAUGUGAAUGAUAACCCACCCUCUUUUUUCCAGAGGUCACAUGAGGUGUUUGUUCCUGAAAACAAUCGUCCAGGAGAUCUGCUUUGCUCCCUUGCAGCCUCCGAUCCAGACUCUGGCCUGAAUGCACUUAUCUCCUAUUCCCUCCUCGAACCCAGAAAUCGAGAUGUGUCAGCUUCCUCCUUCAUCUCUCUGAACCCCCAGACUGGAGCUGUUCAUGCUACUAGAUCCUUUGACUAUGAGCAAACGCAGACGCUGCAGUUUGAGGUGCAGGCCCGGGACAGGGGGAACCCACCCCUUAGUAGCACAGUGACAGUUCGGCUAUUUGUGCUGGACCUCAAUGACAAUGCCCCAGCUGUGCUCCGCCCUAGGGCCCGGCCUGGUGCCUUAUGUCCCCAGGCACUGCCUCCAUCAGUUGGUGCUGGUCACCUAGUCACAAAGGUGACUGCUGUGGAUCUGGACUCAGGUUAUAAUGCUUGGGUUUCAUAUCAGCUACUGGAGGCCCCAGAUCCCAGCCUGUUUGCAGUUUCUCGAUACGCUGGGGAGGUACGGACAGCUGUUCCCAUCCCCGCUGAUCUUCCACCACAGAAGCUGGUCAUUGUGGUAAAGGAUAGUGGCAGCCCACCACUCUCUACCUCUGUUACUCUCCUUGUGUCCUUGGAAGAAGACACUCAUCCUGUUGUCCCUGAUCUUCGAGAAUCUUCAGCUCCAAGAGAAGGAGAAUCCCGACUAACCCUCUACUUGGCUGUGUCCCUAGUGGCGAUUUGCUUUGUCUCCUUUGGCUCAUUUGUGGCACUGCUCUCUAAGUGUCUUCGUGGGGCUGCCUGUGGAGUGACCUGCUUUCCUGCCGGCACCUGUGCCUGUCUCACCCGAUCUCGGAGGAGGGAGGGACUUCCUCCUUCCAAUGGGAUUCUCCGAAUCCAGCUAGGAUCAGAUGAUCCUAUCAAAUUUGUUGAUGUGGGCGGCCACUCUCAUGGCUGUACACCCUUGGCUUCUGCACCCACUCGCAGCGAUAGCUUCAUGAUGGUGAAGUCACCCAGUGCACCUAUGGCAGGGGAGCCUGUCCGCCCAAGCUGUCCACCCUCUGAUCUGCUCUAUGGGCUAGAGCCCUGGGUCUGCCUUGGAGACAGGACAGCAGAGAGUCAGUGUCCAGGAAGGGACUUCUGGGUCAUGGGGCCUCACACACCCCCACAGCUCGCUGGGAAAUGGCAAGUGCUGUGCAUGUUGUCCUUGUGCUGCUGGGGCUGGGUGUCUGGGCAGCUUCGAUACUCAGUGGUGGAGGAGUCUGAGCCGGGGACGCUGGUGGGGAAUGUUGCUCAGGAUCUAGGCUUAAAGGUGACAGAUCUGUUGAACCGACGACUACGGUUGGGAUCUGAGGAGAAUGGGCACUAUUUUUCUCUGAGCUUGAUGAGUGGUGCUCUAGCAGUGAAUCAAAAGAUUGACCGAGAGAGCCUGUGUGGGGCCAGCACCAGCUGCCUGCUGCCAGUGCAGGUGGUCACUGAACAUCCCCUGGAAUUAAUCCGUGUAGAGGUAGAGAUCCUGGAUCUCAAUGACAACUCUCCCAGCUUUGCCACCCCUGAGCGAGAGAUACGCAUCUCGGAAUCAGCUGCACUUGGGGCACGAUUUCCACUGGACAGUGCUCAGGAUCCGGACGUGGGCACGAAUACUGUGAGUUUCUACACUCUGAGCCCCAGCAGGCACUUCACUCUGCAUGUGAAGACCCUAAAAGAUGGGAAACUGUUCCCAGAGCUGGUGCUAGAGCAGCAGCUGGAUCGUGAAGCCCAGGCUAGACAUCAGCUGGUGCUUACUGCUGUGGAUGGGGGUAUCCCAGCCCGCUCAGGCACCACCCUCAUCUCUGUCACCGUACUGGACAUCAAUGACAAUGCUCCAACCUUCCAGUCUUCAGUUCUGCGUGUGGGACUCCCAGAGAAUGCUCCCAUUGGUACACUAUUGCUCCGCCUCAACGCCACCGAUCCAGAUGAGGGCACCAAUGGCCAACUAGAGUAUUCUUUUGGAGACCAUACAUCUGAGGCAGUGAGGAAUCUCUUUGGCCUAGAUCCCAACAGCGGAGCAAUCCAUGUGUUGGGUCCCGUAGACUUUGAGGAAUCAAGUUUCUAUGAAAUUCAUGCAAAGGCUCGCGACCAGGGACAACCAGCCAUGGAAGGCCACUGUGUGGUUCAAGUGGAUGUGGGGGACGCCAAUGACAAUGCCCCGGAGGUGCUACUCACCUCUUUGGUCAACCCUGUCCUGGAGAGCACACCAGUGGGCACAGUAGUGGGAUUGUUCAAUGUGCGAGACCGAGACUCAGGGAGAAACGGUGAAGUAAGCCUUGAAAUUGCUCCAGACCUGCCGUUUCAGAUCAAACCUUCUGAGAACCACUACUCACUACUAACCAGCCAGCCCUUGGAUCGUGAAACCGAAUCCCACUAUAUCAUCGAGCUGCUGGCCAGUGAUGGAGGCUCACCUCCCCUGCAUGCACACCUCACCAUCAGACUCAACAUUUCAGAUGUCAACGACAAUGCACCCUACUUCACCCAGCAGCUCUACACUGCUUACAUCCCAGAAAACAGGCCUCCUGGCUCCCUUCUCUGCACCGUGGCUGCCUCAGAUCCAGACAGUGGGGAUAAUGCCCGCCUCACCUAUUCCAUUGUUGGGAAUCAAAUUCAGGGAGCUCCAGCCUCCUCCUUUGUGUAUGUCAACCCAGAAGAUGGGCGGGUCUUUGCCCAGCGUACCUUUGACUAUGAACUGCUGCAGAUGCUGCAGAUCGUGGUGGGAGUUCGAGACUCUGGCUCUCCCCCAAUGUAUGCCAACGCAUCUCUGCAUGUGUUUGUCCUGGACCAGAAUGAUAAUGCCCCAGCUGUGCUGCACCCAAGACCAGGCCAGGAACUGUCAGUCCCCCAGCGUCUUCCUCGCUCUGUUCCUCCUGGCUCCUUAGUCACCAAGGUGACAGCCGUGGAUGCUGAUGCAGGCCACAAUGCAUGGCUCUCUUACUCAUUGUUGCCACAGUCCACAGCCCCAGGACUGUUCCUGGUGUCUGCACACACUGGUGAGGUGCGCACAGCCCGGGCUUUACUGGAUGAAGACACUGACACCCAGCAGGUGGUGGUCCUGGUGAGGGACAAUGGUGACCCUUCACUCUCCGCAACAGCAACAGUGCUGCUGGUUCUGGAGGAUGAGGACCCAGAGGAAAUGCCCAAAUCUAGCGACUUUCUCACACACCCUCCUGAACGUUCAGACCUUACCCUUUACCUUAUUGUGGCUCUUGCAGCCAUCAGUCUCUUGUCCUUAGUGACCUUCACCUUUCUGUCAGCUAAGUGCCUUCGGGGGCAUGCAGAAGGGGAUGGGGGUGGAGGCCAGUGCUGCAGGCGCCAGAACUCACCUUCCCGUGAGUUCUAUAAGCAGUCCAGCCCCAACUUGCAAGUGAGUUCAGAUGGCACGCUCAAGUACAUGGAGGUGACGCUGCGGCCCACAGACUCGCAGAGCCACUGCUACCGGACGUGCUUUUCACCAGCCUCGGAUGGCAGUGACUUCACCUUCCUAAGGCCCCUCAGCGUCCCACAGCCCACAGCUCUGGCACUGGAGCCUGACACCUUCAGGUCCCGCUCUAAUACAAUGCGGGAGAGGAGCCAGCAAGCCCCGCCCAACACGGACUGGCGUUUCUCUCAGGCCCAGAGACCUGGCACCAGCGGCUCCCAAAAUGGCGAUGAAACCGGAACUUGGCCCAACAACCAGUUUGACACAGAGAUGCUGCAAGCCAUGAUCUUGGCCUCCGCCAGCGAAGCUGCUGAUGGGAGCUCCACCCUGGGAGGGGGCGCCGGCACCAUGGGCCUGAGUGCCCGCUACGGGCCCCAGUUCACCCUGCAACAUGUGCCCGACUACCGCCAGAAUGUCUACAUCCCGGGCAGCAAUGCCACACUGACCAACGCAGCUGGCAAGCGGGAUGGGAAGGCCCCGGCAGGUGGCAAUGGCAACAAGAAGAAGUCGGGCAAGAAGGAGAAGAAGUAACCCGGAGGCCAGACCUGGAGCCAAAGGGCAGCCUCCCACCCCAGCCAGCCCAGCCUCUCCCUACCUGUACCCAGGCCUCAGAUUUUCAGGCCUUGCCCCCAGGAGACUGGUAGGGGCCAAGGUCAUUCUCCCCUUGGGAAACAGAAAUAAGUGCCCAGUCAACACCCCCCUCUCUGCCCCCAAGGGAUUGAAUAUGCAAAGGGAGUUCUGCUGGGAACCCCCAUCCAAUCAGUUGCUGUGCCCAUGGGGGUAGUGGGGAUAGUGUAGACACCAAACCAUUCAUCACACCCCCUUUAGUUACAGCUGAACUCAUCUUCCAAAUUCAAUCAGGCCCAUCUAUCCCCCACCUCCUGCUACCCAUAACACUCCACCCUACUCCUUCUACAGCUCCUUUUUCUUGAGGAAGGUGGUUGGUGUGUUGAGGUACCAGGUGACCCUUUAAAGCUCACAGUUCUGAAGAGUUGGAAGGGCACCAUCACCUCUGGGCCUCCCCUUCAACCUUCAAACUUGUCCCAAAACAUGGUGCCAGUUCCUUCACCUCCUGUGGCCAAGGUCAAGUUUUGGGAGAUGUGGUCACCAUCCCCAUGGUACCGAUGCUUGCUGGAUUUAGGGAGGGCAUUUGGCUAUCAUGCCUCUUCCCAACAUCCUGGGGACCAGUCUUUUGUUUUGUUCUGUUUCAUUGUUUGAUGUUCCCACUGCAUGCUGUGAUCUCCCCUUCCCUAAACAAAAAACUCCAUUGCAUGUUCCAAGACAGUAUGGGAUAGUAGGAUAAAGAAGGGAAGGGUGUGUGUGUGUGUGUGGAUGGGGGGGAAUGGACAAAACCUGACCCAUCAGUUAAAGGGGGGUCUUGCAGGAAGUUCUCUAUGCCCCCAGGGUACUGACCAGAUCCCCAUAUUCUAGCCCCAAACCACGCACCAGGCUGGACCCUCAUCUUUCGUGAACGGGGGCUGUCAGUUUUUGGUGAGCUACCAGCAACAGUGGGUUUAAACUGGCAGUGCAGUCCAAGGAAGCUUUGAGCAGGUUUGGGACCAGGUCCCCCUGAGAGGUCAGAGGGGCCUCUGUGGGUGCUGGGUAUCCAGAGGUGGAAAGAUCAGUAUGGCCCCAAUAGGAAGCCAGGCCCAGGUAGGCCAUUCUUGGUCCUUGGGUCUGGGAGGUAGUGGGUAGAGCAGGAAGCCCAGGACCUGGGCUUCUCCACAAGGUCCCUAGCACCUCAAGACCCUGUCCUUCACCUUGCCAGGUGCCAUUUCUUCUCCGUGAAGGCCACUGCCCAGGCCCCCAGUCCGCCCCCUAGUGGCCAGAGCCUGGUUAAAGUCCCCCAGUGCCUCCUUGUGCAUAGACCUUCCUCAGCCCCCUCCCCUCUCUGGCCCCAAGCCCCGUUCAGUCAGCGGGGCUGCGGGAGAACCCCAUCCCCAGCCCUUAAAAUAGUUAGAGCCCCCUCCCUCUUUCGGCUGGUAUA